AUGGCUUCGCGUUACUGGGGUGACGAAAAGCACCCGGACGCAAUCUAUGCUGUAUAUUUACGCAAGGUUCGAUAUGUGCCGCCGCAAGGAUACGAAGGUGUUCCGCGGUAUCGAGCAAUCGACCCGGAUCGACCUAAAACGGAAAACACUGAAAUGUCAAGUGCCGAUCAUUUAGAAUGGGAAUCUGUCAAAGAGAAAAUGAUCAAAGCUGGAACCGUAGAACGGCUUGUGGAAUGCUUAGUUGGCAGCGAUGACAUGAUGGAUUCGCGGCAUUUCAAUGUGUUUUUUGCAACUUAUAGAGCGUUCACGGAUUCCGCAAUUGUUCUGGACUGCUUGUUGAGGAGGUACGAAGCACUGGAGAACGAGGUGAACGGCAGUACAUCAGCGUUGUUAGUUCAAAACUCUAUACGUCAAAUUGUGAUGUGCUGGCUUGAGACAUAUCCAGAAGACUUUUACGAUCCUGACAAAGAUUUCAUCAUGCUCUCCAGCUUACUCGACUUUGGAGGCCGCAACAAGCUCACCGAGCUACGUGCCAAAGCUCGAAAGCAAAGAGAAGUGUUCAAACGAAUCUAUGAUGAAGGUGGAAUGCAAGCGGCGCUUCCGUCACUUGGUCAAUACGUGGCUGACAUGGGUUUCGACCCAUCCGACUACCCCAAUAAUAUCAAAGAGCGGGUCAAAAUGUUUGAUGUUGGAAAAGAGAACUGCGUGCAGAUCGCCGAGCAACUGACGUUUUGGGAUGCGGCACUUUUCAAAGAACUUCUGAUACAUCAAUGUCAAGGAUGCGUUUGGUCGAAGCGAAGGACCGCUGGAGAGCGCGUCUACACAGUGAAAGCCACUAUUGAACAGUUCAAUUCGGUGUCGCAGCGGGUGAUGACAAGUAUCGUGCUUCCGGAUUGUCGGCCGGAAUAUCGAGCGAAGAUUAUCAGCAAGUGGAUUGACAUUGCCAGAGAGUUACGGGCACUGAAGAACUUUUCAUCGCUUAAAGCAGUCUUGUCGAGUUUACAAUCCGAGCCGGUUCAUCGUUUGAAAUCGGCAUGGAACUUUGUUCAAAACCGCUCCAUAUCGCAGUUCCGAGAGCUCUCCUCCAUUUAUGAAACCGACGAAGAUGGUGAUCAAGGAAACGCUCGGAAGAUUCUAGAAAAAGAAGGAACUGCAAAAAGCUCACCACUCCGUCGACCACAACUCAUCCAGAACUGCCGACGGACAAAAAGCGAUGUGAAUCUGGCAGAGUGCCAAGGAACCGUUCCAUACCUUGGAAACUUUUUGACUGACUUAGCAAUGGUUGAUGAGAGCACACCGGACUAUACGCCUGAAAACUUGAUAAACUUCGAGAAGCGACGAAAAGAGUUCGAAGUGCUUGCAAAACUCCGAUUAUUUCAAUCUGCUGCACGUGCUUAUAACAUCCCGAUGGAUCGUAUGUUCUGCGCUUGGUUCUUCUUCCUGCCUUGUCUUGAUGAGAAUGAAUGUUUCAAUCGGUCUUUGGAAAUUGAGAAGCCACCAGUGCAUUCCACACCAGAUUUAUCUUCGUCAAGGCUGAACAGCAGUUUGUUGAGUAAUGGAUCUUCGGGAACUCCACCUGUCAAGAACUCAACUCUAUCCCGUUUAUUCAACUCAUCCAGAACAAGUGAAGAUAGUGGAAGUCAUAAUGGCAGCAAUGGUCAUAAUGGUACAUGGCAUCAACAUUCAAAUUCUUAUUCUUCCUCAACUAACUCUCAUAUUCCUUCAAUAACCACUGGAAGCUCGUUGAACAUCUCGGAUAAUGGAACUGCAAAACACUCUCAGGACAGUGGUCUCCAGUGUGAAGAUUGGAUCGAUGGGCGUCUUGACGGUGGUCCUCCUGGACCCGUACCCCUGUCUGGAACGUCGACAAUUCCUCGAGGUACGAAUUCGAACUCCCCAUCAAUCUCAAAUGUUUCAUGGUCAGGUGGCAGCGAGUUCACACCAUCGUCGUUGUUUCCGUACAGUCAUAGUCGAAGUAAAAGUGGCGAGUCGUCGCUGCAAGAGGUGAAUACUUCGAUUUCGACGCGAGUUAGUGUGGAUAACACGAGUGGCACCCAAUCUUUAUCCAGAAGUGCAACUCCUAUCCGGACACGAUUGGCAGAAGUGUUUGACUCUAAAGUCUUCUCGCAUCAGAAAAAAGGAAGCGACGCGUCCAGUUGCUCAUCUUCGUCAUCUUUAUCAGCCAAUGGAUCGUCACCCCCACAAAAUUCCUUUUAUUUGGCUAGAGUUGGACUGGAUGAUGACCUCCAAAAUACUGAUGGGGCAAAUUACAAGUGCAUAAAGAUUGAAAACGGUGAUCGCAUGCCUCAACUCAUCGCCCGCGCGCUUGAAAAACAUUUGAUAGACGAUGAGAAAAAUAAAUAUCUGCUCGUCCAACUUUUGCCACGUGGCGGUGAAUUUGUGUUGCCUGACAACUGCAAUCCGUUCUAUGCUAUGGCUCCGGAUCCGACGUCGCCAAUGUUGAAUUUGAUGUUGAGAAAACGAGACUGCAACGGAACCAUUGAAGGCGGCGUCUCUCCACAGUUGGGUCCAUCAGCCAAAAAAUUGAAUCGCAUGAAGCGAACUAAUCUAUUGCGAUGGAGCAGUGGCUAUCUGUAA